AUGUCUAGAACGUCUUCCGGGUCUGACAAAUGCUCUAUCUCUGACGAUGACUCGGAAUAUAACUAUAUUCCGGGUAACUAUUCGCUCAUUGAAACGGAGAUUAUGCAAGCUUCAGAAAGUGACGAUGGCGAUGUAGAACAGUCUGAACAGACGAGCUUUGCUGAUGUGCAACCGUACUCAAGCGAGCCUAUAGCGGAUGAAGAAUGGGUUGAAGAGUACAGACAACGACAAGCAGAAAAAGAACAAAAGCUUGCAAGUUUGAAAGAUCGUUUAGCUGGAAAAGAAAGCCUUAGUAACUGGUAAGUCUGAAACAAAACUAACAUGUAUUUUUAACAUUUUAAAUUCAAUGCCAAUAUUAUAAAUCAUUAUGUAUAAAUCGCUGACCCAUUGCUAUCACAUUUUAGGUGCUCUUGUGGUAAAUGCUCAACAACCCUAUUGCAAAAUCCCAAUGAGUGCUUAUGUUGUCAAGACAUAGAGCAAUGUGUAGAGUCCUUGUCUGAUAAAUGGGUGCUUGAAGAUUUGCAAACUGCUCCAGAAUGUAUAACAUUACAUCCAGCAUUUGGAACUGUCUGCCUUGAUAGAUGGUCGUUAAGGUUAGCAGCUGGGAAGUACAGGACCAUUGACAAAAAGCGUUAUCUACAAACUGGUUCAGAUGAGGCGUAA